AAAAGAUUUUAGCUUUUCUUCUCCUUUUUUUUUUUAAAAGAUGUUCUCAUCCGAAUUUGAUAGGUCAAAAUCAUUCAAAUUCUGGGAAAUUAAUGACAAAAAAAUAUACUCAUUUUGAGAAAGUUAUAAACUUUAUAAGGUCUUAGAUCUGAAUUUAUAUAUUUUUCCAUUGUGUGUUCUUUUUCUGGUUUUGCAGAAUCAAGAGAUUUGGGGGAGGUGAAGGAUUGAGAGAGAGAGACAUGGAUGAAACAAUGGCAGCUAGGUAUUGGUGUCACAUGUGUUCACAAAUGGUGAAUCCAAUAAUGGAAUCUGAAAUCAAAUGUCCCUUUUGUCAAAGCGGGUUCAUUGAAGAAAUGAGCAGUAAUGACAAUGGAGAUGGAGGAGGAGGUGGAAGCAGAGGCAUCAUAACAAGAGAUGUUCAAGAUUCAGAAACAGAUUUUGGAACAGACCGUGCGUUGUCUCUAUGGGCACCAAUCUUGCUUGGGAUGAUGAGUAGUCCUAGGAGACGAAGAAGGUUUAGGAGAUCAGAGUUUGGUGAAGACAAUGAUGAUGAUGAUGAGUUGAACAAUGUUGAUGGGAAUGAUAACAAAUCAAGAGAUUUGGGGGAGGUGAAGGAUUGA